AUGCCAAUGUCGUCAAUGGAAUCAGAACCCACACGUACAACCCCUUCCCAUUCAACCACUGAACGUGUCAAGCGUUUCUUUGAUCAGCGAGAUUGGAAGUUUUAUUGUGCUCUUGCAGCUGGUGUCGGAUUGGUGGGUGCUGCAGGCGCGUACUACUAUUACUCGACAAUAUCUUCCGGUCGACGACGACCACGAUCACCUGCUGGCAAUCGCAAGUUCAAAGCUCCUGCUGCUGACAAGACGACAACACCGUUACCUACUGGAUAUGAGGAUAUGUCAUCGAGUGCCAUAGCCAACUUGAAUGAACAGCAACGUGCUGAAGCAGCCAAUGCACUCAAGCUAAAGGGCAACACCGAAUUUACAACCAAACACUGGGAUCGUGCAGCGGCAUUAUACACCAAGGCACUCGAAUUCAAAGAGGAUCCAGUAUACUACUCGAAUCGUGCUGCUUGCUUUGCCAACUUGGGCGAGACCGAUCGUGUACUUGAGGAUUGCAACAAAGCGCUCACCUUGAAUCCAUUAUACAUCAAAGCAGUGUAUCGACGUGCACAUGCAUUGGAAUUGAAAGAAGAAUUGGAGGCGGCGUUGUAUGAUUUCACGUGUGUUUGUAUAUUGGAUGGGUUCAGAAACGAAGCUGCUGCCAAAGCCAUGGAAAGCCUACUCAAAAGGGUGUCUGCUGCUAAAGCUGCCGAGUUGAUCAAGACAAAGAAUCCAAAAUUACCCUCUUCAGCUUUUGUGGGUGCUUACUUUGAUUCAUUUCGUCCUGAUGCAUCUCGUCCUUUGGCAGUGGCAUCACCUAACGAGGAAACGGCGGAUGGGUAUUAUUCAAAGACAUGUGACGCCAUGAAACACAAGCGCUACGAGGAAGCACUCAAGGCGUGUGAACGAGCCAUUGACGCUGGGUGCUCCGAGGCCUAUCUUGCACAUGCGCUCAACAUUAAGGGAACGUUCUUGUUCUUGAAAGGCGACACGGAAGGUGCUCUCACGUGCUUUAACCGAUCUAUUGACAUCGAUCCCAAAUAUGUGCAAAGCUAUAUCAAACGAUCGAGCGUGUAUAUGGAGCAAGGCAACGUACCUGAGGCCUUCAAACAAUUUGACGAGGCAUUAUCCAUAAGUGCUUCCAACCCGGAUAUUUACUAUCAUCGCAUGCUGAAAAAAGGAGCAUAUAGUGGUCAGAUCAAUUUCAUUUGCGGCAAAUUUGAGGAUGCAGCCAAGGAUUACAGUGAAAGCAUCAAGCUUGAUGACACGUUUGUUUAUGCAUAUAUCCAAUUGGGCGUGGCACAAUACAAGAGCGGAUCAACGGAUGCAUCGACAGCGACAUUCAACCGUGCAUUGACUCUCUUUCCACAUUCAUCGGAUCUACACAACUAUUAUGGUGAAUUGCUUGCUGAUCAGCAAAAGCUACCCGAAGCGUUGGAGAUGUUUACCAAAGCGAUCGAACUCGACUCAAGUAGUCCAUUACCCUACGUGAACAAGGCCAUGCUUAUGUAUCAAUCGGUGGGAGAUGUUAAGCAAGCAAUUGACUUGUGCAAAAAGGCCUUGGAUGUGGAUCCCGCGUGUGAUGCAGCAGUAGCGUCGCUUGCACAAAUGUUGCUUGAACAAGGAGAACCAGAAGAAGCGUUACGCUAUUAUGAAACGGCAAUUGAUCUCGCACGUACAGAGGCUGAAUUACAACAUGCAAUCUCCUACGUCGAAGCUACGAAGGCACAAGUCAGAUUCACACAAGAUUAUCCACAAGCAUCAUCACGUCUUGAGAAAUUGAGGAAACAUUGA